ACAGAGCAAGCAAACCCCACCGCCACCGGAUCCACAGUCGGCAUUCUCCUCGCUCCUCUCGCACCGGAGACCGAUCAAACAUCCUACCCGAUGGCUCCUCUCCUCUCGCCGCCGCUGCUGGCCGACUUAGUGGCCAAGUCCCAUUCCUCUUCCACGGCCAUCCGCUGCUCCGCCAGUGUCCGUCGAUGGGCAGUCGCAGGGCUGGCCGGCGCCGGAAGGAGAGACCGGCACCGGAGACGGAGGAGGGGAUUCAGGGUGUCUGCGGUGGCAACAGAGUCCCGCAGCUCGGAGGGGGGCGCCGCCGAAGAUUACUACGCCGUUCUUGGAGUUAUGCCGGAUGCAACACCCCAGCAGAUCAAGAAAGCGUACUACAAUUGCAUGAAAUCAUGCCAUCCAGAUCUUAGCGGGAACGACCCUGAUGUCACGAACUUCUGCAUGUUCAUCAAUGAGGUUUACACGGUACUCACCGAUCCCGUCCAGCGAGCGGUGUAUGACGAGAUCAAUGGCUAUGCUGCAACAGCAACCAACCCCUUCUUGGAUGAUGCACCCAGGGAUUGUGUGUUUGUCGACGAGUUUAGUUGCAUAGGAUGUAAAAACUGUGCUAAUGUGUGCUCCAAGGUUUUCGAAAUCGAGGAGGAUUUUGGGCGUGCAAGAGUUUACAACCAAUCAGGCAACCAAGAGCUAAUUCAAGACGCCAUCGAUAGUUGUCCGGUUGACUGCAUCCAUUGGACUUCAGCAGCACAACUUUCACUCCUUGAAGAUGAAAUGCGCAGAGUCGAGAGAGUAAAUGUUGCCUUGAUGCUUUCUGGGAUGGGAAGUUCAGUUGACGUGUUCAGGAUGGCAAGUAGGCGCUGGGAGAAAAGACAAGCAAAAGUCUUGGAUAAGGUAAGGAUGCGCAUGAGCCAAGAUGAUUCUAACAAGGGAAGCUCAUGGAGUGAUAUAUGGGGAUCACCAACAAGAUAUCAAAAGAACGAAGAGGACACAAAGGAGAGAGUAAUGCGAGCGGCUGCGGCCGCCAGGAGGUGGCGGGAAUACUCGAGGAAAGGUACAGACAGGCCUCCUACAUUCAAACUUCCAGAGGCAGCAUCGAGCAAGGAGUGAGAAUACAGUCGAUACACAAUCUUUGAGUGGUUUCACGAAGUGUCAGUUAACCCCCAUUUACUCCAUGUAUAGUCUAAUUUCCCGCGGAGAGCUGUAUAGCAUUGGGUCUCUCGCCCCCACUCCACAUGUUAGAAAUAUUUGUAAAUCAUACUAGAGUUAGUUGGUGCAGAUCAAUGGUCGCCCAUGGAAUAUAGAUUCCAGAUGUAAAAUAUAUCUCAAUCUCAAUAGUAAGACUAUUUCUCAA